CCUUGUUUUCUCCCUUCUCUGGGGCUGGAGGAGCAAUGGAAGCUCCAGUGCGGGAAAGAGGGGCAGCGGGGAACGACUCCCUCCCUCCCCCGACACUGAGCCCUGCUGUACUGCCGUUCGUGAAACUGGGCUUGACGGUGGCCUACACCAUCUUCUAUUCUCUUCUCUUUGCCUUUGUCUACAUCCAGCUUUGGCUGGUCCUGCGUUACAGACACAAACGUUUCAGCUACCAGACAGUCUUUCUGUUCCUGUGUUUGCUGUGGGCAGCCCUUCGAGCGGUUCUCUUCUCUUUCUACUUCAAAGACUGUGUGACUGCCAACGCUCUCGGACCAUUCAGCUUCUGGCUGCUCUACUGCUUCCCAGUUUGCCUACAGUUCUUCACCUUAAGUCUGAUGAACCUCUACUUUGCACAGGUUGUUUUCAAGGCGAAGUCAAAGUACUCACCAGAGCUUAUUAAGUACAGGUUGCCUUUGUACCUGGUCUUUCUCUGCAUCAGCAUGUUGUUCUUAGUGGUGAACUUAAGCUGUGCCCUGUUGGUUAAGAUGAGCACCAUGGAGACCAAGACCAUAGUGCUGGUGAGAGUGGCCAUUAAUGACACACUGUUUGUGGUGUGUGCCAUCUCCCUCUCUCUGUGCCUCUAUAAGAUUGCCAAAAUGUCCCUGGCCAACAUCUAUCUGGAGUCCAAGGGGACAUCCGUAUGUCAGGUGACUGUGAUUGGAGUCACGGUGAUCUUACUGUACACGUCACGUGCCUGUUACAACUUGGUUGUCCUUGCACUCACCAGUGUCAAGAGCAUCAACUCCUUUGAUUACGACUGGUACAACGUAUCAGAUCAAGCAGACCUGCAGUCAACCCUGGGAGAUGAAGGCUACAUUGUUUUUGGGGUCAUUCUGUUUAUUUGGGAGCUGUUGCCAACGUCCUUGGUGGUUUUCUUCUUCAGAGUCCGCAAACCAGCUCAGGACAGGAGUGUUUCAGGUAUCCCAGGCCAUGUAUUCUCAUCCAGGGCAUAUUUCUUUGACAACCCCCGUCGCUAUGACAGCGAUGAUGAUCUAGCCUGGAGCAUCAUACCUCAGAAUAUCCAGACCAGCUUGACUGCAGACAGUUAUGAUUGGGGUGGUCGACAGAGCAGCUUUUCGGCUUACAUAGGAGGGGAGGACUCCUAUUUAACUCGACCCCCAGAGGAGCUGAACCCUUGUUGAAACAGUUCCCAUUGAUGAUAUUUGUACUUAUCUGCCCACUGCCAUU